AUGGCUUCAGUUGAAUUUUUAGAUAAUUUCAUAGAAAGUUUGCCAAAAUAUGACGAUAUCGAAGUAGAAUUUACUAUAGAAGCAGAAGGCGGCCCUGAAACUACUACAACUAAAGUAGUGCAAUUUACUAAUGCAUAUAAAAGGCAAGUUAUUAGUGUAGAAGAUCUGAGAAGGUUAUUUCAAGAAAUAGGUGUUGGAAGACGAAUUUUGAGAGAAGAAAAUAGUACAACUACAACAGUCGCCCCUAAAACAGUCACAACUAUAAAGGUCGCUAAACAAGCCGAAGGAUCGGAUGAUAAGAUGGUUCACAUGAAAGACCUUAAAAUGGCUAUAAACGAUUUAGAGGAUAGGCUUAUGGAACGUUUCAAUAGUUUAAAGUUCAAUCUAACGUCGCCGUCAACCAAUGAGACAGUCUCUGCAAAAAUAUACAACAUAAUGGAUUUUAUAAAAAUUGGACGUGGAGAAAAAUCACCCGAUCCUCGUACGGAUAACUUAAAUUGGUUAAAAAUAAAAUUUCCAUUCAAAAGCUAA